GACCCUGACAGCUUGGAAAGCUUACCGAGGCGCAGUUUCUUGGAGAUCACUGCUGUGGUUUAUCCAACGUUGCUGAUAAGCUUGCCAGCCACAAAACCUUGCGGUUGAGCGCAAACAGCGCUUCGUUGGAACCAACAUGUCAGGCGGCCUUUGUGUGCUUGCCGCUCUCUUGGCAUUAGGCUGCACGCCGCAGCUAGGUCUGGCGGAACGAGCGGAGAAGACCCCAUGGUUCUGCCAUGACUUGGAUUGCCCUCCUUUCAAGGUGGUCAAGUCCUACAACGAGGACGUAGAGUUGCGCUCCUACAAGGCCGGCAUGUGGGUGUCAACCAAUGUAACGGGCACCCAGUACGACACCGCCGUGUCCACCGGCUUCAAGCGCCUGUUCGCCUACAUCAGCGGAGCCAACGCAGCCCAGCAGGAAAUCAACAUGACGGCGCCCGUGCGCGUGCAGGUCACACCUGGACAGGGACCCUUCUGUGAGGAUCACUUCAAGAUCUCGUUCUACGUGCCGUACAAGCUGCAGGACAACCCGCCAGCGCCCCUCAGCGCUGAGGUCUUCGCUGAUCCCGCCCCUGCUGCGGACUUUUACGUCCUGUCGUACGGCGGUCGUACGGACGAGCGGAAGCUCCUGGAUAAGGCUACCGAGCUCACUGACUUUUUGAAUAAGCAGAAGUUGCCGUACGACUAUUCGAGGUUUUACAGCGCUGGGUACGACAGCCCGUAUCGGGCCCACGACCGUCACAAUGAGAUCUGGAUCGCAACCAAAUGAAGGUGCGGUAGCUGAGGUAGCCGUCUGUUAGAUCCACUGGCCGCAAAACCUGCAAUGCGGGUGGGGUGAAGUGAGGUGUGUACGGCACUGCUUGGGUAGGGGCAUCUUGAGGUCCUUGUACCCAUACUGCGGUAGGUGGGCACUAGGUGGGAUGCCGCUAUGCCGCUACGCAUGAAGAGGGCUUAGUUCUGCUGGGAGGCCUCGAGGCUUGGAGAAGGGAGAGGGAAGGAGGCUGGAUGGUUGCGAUGGAAGAUGGGUGAUGGCGGCUGGCUCAGAGUCGGUGAUGGGGGUAGCUGCUGGACUGCCGGGUCUGAGCAGCCUGAGGAUUUCACGUGGCCGGAUUGCCGUGUUGACGCCUCCCUCUGCUGGUAACACUGCAGCAGAGGGUGUGGCAAAUUAACAAGGUGUUGCAGCAGUCAUCUUUGCAGCAGCAUUGCGUUGAACGAAGGAGUUGUCGCUGUUGCUGCUGGUGUUGAUGUUGCCUGGUCCAACCGGAAACGUGUAGGAGCAGGAAUGCAGGAGGCUUGGACGAGGGUCCUGGCGGGCGGGUGAGGCUGGUUGAAGGGCGUUGUGGCCCGCCACCCUCACCCAUGUAACGAUGGUAGCGAAGUA